ACUAUUAUUUUACAACAAAGGGUUCUCUCUGCCUCUCCUUUACAAUCCUGUUCUCGAGUUCACGCCGCCACUUGGCCUACCCCGCCGCAUCCCUCUCCCGAUAAAUUCGACCCAUCACCCUCUUCCACUCCCCAUCCCUCUCUCAUUCAAUUCGCAGCAAUGUCUUGAAAAUUCGAUCGGCCAAAAUGGCAAAGCUCACCGCCCUCUUUAUGAUUGCUCUCCUCCUCUGCUUCACGGCGUACGCCGCCGCCACCCGCUCUGAGCCAGCGUUGGCCGGCGGUUCCCUGGCUACAACCCAAUCUGGGGUUGGUGAAGCAGGGCACGCUGGGGGGGACGAAAGCUGUGAAGGACUUGGGGAAGAAGAGUGCUUGAAGAAAAGGUCCCUGGAAGCUCACCUUGACUACAUCUACACGCAGGACGUCAACAAGAAGCCCUGAGUUUUUGUCCCUGGAAGCUCACCUUGACUACAUCUACACGCAGGACGUUGACAAAAGCCCUGAGUUCCAUUAUAGUUCCUUCUUAAUUAGUUAUAUAUCGAUCUGCGUGUUACCCUGUUAGGAUGCACCAGGCAGGCACGCCUGCAUGGUUAAUUAAUUUGAUAUGUUAAUUAGUGGAUGCUUUUGGUUGGCGUGUUAAUUAAUUAAUAUUAGUGAUUUAUGAAAUGGGAAUGGGUUGGCUAGCUGGGCUGUAAUUGACCUUCUGAUGUUCCAUCUUUAAUUAGCUCGCAGUUGUAAUCCAAUUAAUUAGUAAUUAUAUGUCAAAUAACAUCAAAA